GUUGAUGUGGCCCGCAGAGAAGCUCCACGUCAGAACAGGCAGUCCGUUGAAGAGCGUGGAGGAGUAAACCCGGUGUUAAAGAAAAACUUGAAAAGUUCUGAUUGGAGGCUCGCAGGAAGGAGGAGUGUCAGGACAGCAGGAUGACAGCUGCAGAAAAUGUGUGUUACACUCUCAUUAAUGUGGCCUCGGACUCUGAGCCUCCGUCCGAAAUCAGUCUCAAAACUGAUUUGGAGAAGGGAGAGAUCAAGGCAAAGACCGAGGCCCUGAAGAAAGUGAUCAUCAUGAUCCUGAAUGGGGAGAAGCUGCCCGGCCUUCUUAUGACCAUCAUCCGUUUUGUCCUCCCACUGCAAGACCACACCAUAAAGAAGCUGCUUCUGGUCUUUUGGGAGAUUGUGCCCAAGACCACGCCAGAUGGCAAGCUGCUCCAGGAGAUGAUCCUCGUCUGUGAUGCCUACAGAAAGGACCUUCAACAUCCCAAUGAGUUCAUCCGGGGCUCCACGCUGCGCUUCCUGUGCAAGCUGAAGGAGCCGGAGCUGCUGGAGCCACUGAUGCCGGCCAUCCGUGCCUGCCUGGAGCACCGGCACAGCUAUGUGCGCCGCAAUGCUGUGCUGGCCAUCUACACCAUCUACAGAAAUUUUGAACAUUUGAUUCCUGAUGCCCCUGAGCUGAUCCAUGAUUUCCUUGUAAAUGAGAAGGAUGCUAGUUGCAAAAGAAAUGCUUUCAUGAUGCUCAUUCAUGCUGACCAGGACCGUGCUCUGGAUUACCUCAGUACAUGUAUUGACCAGGUCCACACAUUUGGAGACAUCCUUCAGUUGGUAAUUGUGGAGCUGAUCUACAAGGUGUGCCAUGCCAACCCGUCGGAACGUGCACGCUUCAUUCGCUGCAUCUACAACCUGUUGCAGUCGUCCAGUCCUGCUGUCAAGUACGAGGCCGCAGGGACUCUUGUCACCCUGUCCAGCGCUCCCACCGCCAUCAAGGCUGCUGCACAGUGCUACAUCGACUUGAUUGUGAAGGAGAGCGACAACAACGUCAAGCUCAUUGUCCUGGAUCGACUGAUUGAGCUGAAAGAGCACCCAACCCACGAACGAGUUCUUCAGGAUCUUGUGAUGGAUAUCCUUCGGGUUCUGACCACGCCAGACCUGGAGGUCCGAAAGAAGACCCUACAGCUGGCACUGGACCUAGUUUCAACCCGCAAUGUGGAGGAGCUGGUCAUUGUUCUGAAGAAGGAGGUCAUCAAAACCAACAAUGUCACUGAGCAUGAGGACACAGACAAGUACAGACAGCUGUUGGUUCGCACCCUCCACUCCUGCAGUGUGCGCUUCCCUGACAUGGCUGCCAAUGUCAUCCCUGUGCUGAUGGAGUUCCUGAGUGAUACGAAUGAGGCGGCUGCUGCGGACGUUUUGGAGUUUGUGCGGGAGGCCAUACAGAGGUUUGAUAGCCUGCGGCCACUCAUCAUUGAGAAGAUGCUGGAGGUGUUUCAUUCUAUCAAAACUGUCAAGAUCUACCGGGGGGCUCUGUGGAUUCUGGGUGAAUACUGCAGUACCAAGGAAGACAUUCAGAGUGUGAUGACUGAGAUCCGCCGGUCCCUUGGCGAGAUUCCCAUUGUGGAGAAUGAGAUAAAGAAGGAGCUGGGGGAAGUGAAGCCUGAGGAGGAGAUGUCAGCUGCUCCUGCCCAGAAGCUGGUGACAGAAAUGGGCACCUACGUCACACAGAGUGCACUCAGCUCCUCCCGGCCCUCGAAGAAGGCAGAGGACAGACCACCUCUCAGGGGAUUUUUGAUGGAUGGAGAUUUUUAUGUUGGCGCUUCCUUAGCAACAACCCUGACCAAGCUGGCUCUGCGCUAUGUGGCCAUCGUUCAGGACAAAAAGAAGCAAAAUUCCUUUGUGGCCGAAGCUAUGCUCAUCAUGGCCACAGUGCUCCACCUGGGCAAGUCCACAUUACCAAAGAAGCCCAUCACAGAUGACGACGUGGACCGCAUUUCACUGUGCCUUAAGGUGCUUUCUGAGUGCCCGCCCCUUAUGAAUGACAUCUUCAACAAGGAGUGUCGCGAGUCUCUCUCCCGCAUGCUCACCGUCAAGCUGGAGGAGGAGAAGCUGUCCCAGAAGAAGGAAUCUGAGAAGCGCAAUGUGACAGUGCAGGCAGACGACCCCAUCUCCUUCAUGCAGCUCACUGCCAAGAGCGAGAUGGCCUCUAAAGAGGAUCAAUUCCAGCUCAGCUUGCUCGCCGCCAUGGGGAACACCCAGAAGAAGGAAGCUGCCGACCCUCUCGCCUCCAAGCUCAACAAGGUUACCCAGCUGACGGGCUUCUCAGACCCAGUGUACGCCGAGGCUUACGUCCACGUUAACCAGUAUGACAUUGUGCUGGAUGUCCUGGUUGUCAACCAGACCAACGAUACCCUGCAGAACUGCACUCUGGAGUUGGCAACUCUGGGAGACUUGAAGCUGGUGGAGAAGCCAUCCCCCCUCACACUGGCCCCUCAUGACUUUGCCAACAUUAAGGCCAACGUUAAGGUGGCUUCCACAGAGAACGGCAUCAUAUUCGGCAACAUAGUGUAUGAUGUCUCAGGAGCAGCUAGCGACAGGAACUGUGUGGUCCUGAGUGACAUUCACAUUGAUAUCAUGGACUAUAUCCAGCCCGCAACCUGCACCGAUGCAGAGUUCCGUCAGAUGUGGGCCGAGUUUGAGUGGGAGAACAAGGUGACGGUGAACACGAACAUCACAGACCUGAACGAGUACCUGCAGCACAUCAUCCGCUCAACAAACAUGAAGUGCUUGACCCCAGAAAAGGCUCUGUCAGGGUUUUGCGGCUUCAUGGCCGCCAACCUGUAUGCGCGCUCCAUCUUCGGAGAGGAUGCACUGGCCAACGUGAGCAUCGAGAAGCCCAUCCACCUGGGGCCCGAGGCACCCGUCAACGGCCACAUCCGCAUCCGGGCCAAGAGCCAGGGCAUGGCAUUGAGCCUAGGGGACAAGAUCAACUUGUCUCAGAAGAAGAGUAACUCCUAAAGCAGCUGCAACGUGUGGCUUGACUUGUCUGUCGUCGCAUCCGUCUGUGUCUAACUCGUCCCCACAAUGUUUUCCUGUUCUCUCGUCCACAAAGUCCCUGGGCUGAAGUAGAGGUUGCAGCAGUGUUCAAUGAUUGUUGUGAGAUUCGUAUUUCAUUUAGCACGAGGAAUCAUAUUUCUGGCUCAACUGUAACCUACACUAAACUUGGAACCUGACAAUAAACGUACUUAAUUCUCCUGAGUUCUGUGUUGGUUAUACCAAAGUUUCUUUGUUCAUAGUAUGUAUGUGACACACCAGCAUGUAUUCUGUUCUGUCCUCAUUGUGACUAGAUGUGCAUGGAGUUAAGUUUUUAUUGUAGAACAAGAAAACAGGCAGUGCAGAAUCAGCAGCUUAACUUUUUUGUCCAACAGGUACCAUUUGGCACUACGGACUGUAAUAUUUCCAAAACGAAAUUGUGAUUUGAAUUGUGAA